GUCGAUCCUCAUACGGGAAUGGUAAUGAAUUUAACUGAUUUGAAAAAAUGUAUGAGAGUCGCUAUAUUGGAUGAGUUGGAUCAUAAAAAUUUAGAUCUUGAUGUUUCUUAUUUCGCCAAUUGUCCAAG